AUGCUCCUGGACGGUAUUCUAUGCCGCACCGUUUUAGCCGCGGCACAGCGUCAUCCGGUGCAUAGGCCGGAUCCGUGGUGCCAUGUGCUUCUGGAUCAGAGGCCUAUCAUGCGAGGUUGGAUUACCCUCCCUGUGGAAGGUGGCUUGCUCUCCGUCGAUGCUACGCAUGGCUGUCUACCACAGGACCUGCCACUUGGUUUCUCAGCUGAUGUCCCCGAAAUCCCGGUUGGAGAGGUGCUAUAUGCGAUCACACCAGGCGGCGUGCCUGAUUCCAGCCCUGAACCGCCGGACCCUGCUAGUGCACCGGCUCCCAGCGCACAGGCCGACUCUGAUCUGGACACCCAGGUUGAUGCUGCGAGCGAUGUGCUCCGCCUAGCAGGGCUCCCCCAUGACGCCCGAGUUCAUGUGUAUCACAAUGAUACCCCGUGGCCUAUGCUGGAUGGUACCAUUCUGCAUACCAGCACAGCAGAUCUCCUGCUCAUCCUUCUUGAGGACCAUGGUUGGAAUCCUGGGGCACCGCUGCCGGGCGACUUCUCCGAUACCACCUGGAUCCUAGCCGACGAGCGGUUCAUCCUGCGACCUGCUGUCCCAUACCAUAUGGAUCACACGCAUGCGGGAUCUCUGUCCAAGGCUAUUUUAGUCGCACACAUCGCCCCGGAAGGGCGAACAUAUCAAGAGCCGCGGGUGCCCAUUGUGAUCCUGGAUCAGAGGCCCAUGAUGCUGGGCUUCAGUUGGCUAUGGGCCCACCAUGGCCAAGUUGAGGUGGACGCACUUUUGGCUAGUGCCCGUACUAGACCUAUCCGAAAUCCGAUACCGGUCAGCGAUGGGGAUGUGCUGACGAUUGAGAUCCAUCUGAUACAAGCGACAGCAGUUCCAGUUACACCGCUGAUACAGAAGAUGAUGCUGAGGGCGACUCAAGUGAUCGUGCUGGUCAGGGAGUACCACAGCGGUGUUGCGAACUGCCUUUUUGGCGGAGCGGCUGCUAGCUCCCUAGGCGCCUUGCACCACCGAGCGGCCUUGCGGCUUGAUCCAGCCUGCAAGAUCACGAGACCCAUUCCCACUCCCUGUCGAGCGAUCGGCGCACGCAAGAUGAUUGCUUCUUCAGGAAACGUGGACGAACCGGCAUGCAGCCUGGGACGCGAUGGGCUUGCCAGCGAGGUCCAACUGGAUGAUUUGCAUACCCUUUUGGAAGAUAGUGUCAAGGCACGGCCCCUCGAUGCCUUUUUUGAAGUCAGGGCAGUUGCUGAAGCUCUUUACCAGCAUUUCGCUGAGGUUCCGUUGACACUGGCCCCUUCGACCUCCGUUUUCCCAGCCCAUGGCAUUCCUUCGUCUGAGAAACGGCUUCUGCUGUUGGACCACCUGGUCACACCCGUACUGCCUCCAGACGCGCAUACUCGACCUGGUACACCAAUGACCAGGCCCCUGUGCAUCCCUCUGGAACCGCGCAUCGCAUGGGACCAAGACCUCACCAUCGGGGGCACCAAGCUUGGUUUCACUCUUGAUGACCUCGCCGGUCUCCUUAAUGCUGCUACUGCACAGCUAAGCUGGGGUGAUGUCGUGAUGCAUGUGCCGACUUUUGACGGCAGCAACUUGCGAGAUUUUCAUGCGGCCUUGCCCGGUCUCUGUGCCGCUACUCCAUGUGGGGAUCUUGUGAUCUACACAGACGGCUCCUACACCCCCGCCACCACGCAUCGCCUUGCCAAGGCAGGCUGGGCUGUCAUUGUCUUGGAUCCGCACGCUGUAGCCGUUAGUUUUGUUUUCGGACCGGUAACUGACUGGCUUGUUGAGGCGGUGCAUGAGCUGUCUCCGUAUAUUGCUGAGUGCUACGCUCUCAUGGUUGCUGCUGCUGUUGCAGCACAUUCAUUCUCCGACAGCUGCUGUCAUUUUCUUUCGGACUGCACGGCUGCUAUCGAUGCAGCCGCAGGAAGGUGUUCCCAUCAAUUGCAUGGCAUUCCAGCAGCCAUGAGUGCUGCCCACACGUUUCGUCGGCAGCCCUGCCCUGGCGCCGAAAUCCAUCAGCACAUUCCUGGCCAUGCGGGGAUCCUUGGGAAUGAGCUUGCAGAUGAACCCUCCAGCAACACAGGUCUUGCCUUUCAGCGGGCCCGAGCUGCCUUGUUAGCCGGCCAGCUCCUGUCGCACGAUGUACACGUUGCCUUCUUGCAAGAAACUCGAGCCGAUGCCGGCCAAUCCAUGGCCGGGAAGUAUAUCAGACUGGCGUCUGGUGGCGUUAAGGGUCAAUUCGGCACUGAGUUGUGGUUGAAGCAGGGACAUGAGAUACUUCGAACAGCUGAUGGGCUAUCCCAAGCCACUUUCCAGAAGGAGUCUCUGUGCGUGCUGGAGGCGGAUUACUUCCUGCACACCUUGGUGCGCACUUUCGACCUUUGUCUCCCGGCUACGUUCCCGGAAUGUCAUCGUGGUAUCCAGGCGGCCCACGCCACGCCAGACCAUGUGGCAGCUACCGUCCUGGCUGAGGUGCACUUCACGCAGGACAGGCUUCCUGCACGUCUCAAGCGGCGUAACAUUUGUGCCGCGACGAAAACGGCGCCCGAAAACGGGCCAGCUAUCAGCGAGGCUUUUCGCACUGCUCCUCAAGUUGACUGGGAUGUGUCUGUACACGCCCAUGCCGCUCUUCUGGCGGAUCAUAUGCAGCAGGCGCUACAGGCGAUCGGCCAGAGCAGCAACCCCACAGGCCGCAUCACGCGUACCUGUCGGACGCUACUUGGAUGCUCCAGCGACAAUGUCUCUAGGACCCGUCAUGACCUGUACCGCCUAACCCACCAAAUCUGCCGCAAUGACAUGGCUAUAAUUUUCGUAGCUUGGGCCAAAGGUGUGCCACUAGGACAAGUAGCGGCAGCUGGGUUACCAUGGCAGCGCCGAGCAGAAGCGGCUUGCACCCGUUUGCGGCGCCAGCUUCAGUCUGGCUGCAAAGCCCUCAAAAAAGCAUGCCGCGCGGACAGAGAUGAGUAUGUGACGCGCCUUGCCCACACGCUGUCCACGGCCCCUACGAAGGAAGCCUAUGCUGCGUACCAUCGGCUACUGGCGCACAGGCGCAAAAAGACGUUCAGCUGCCUCGGGUUCACGACGACCAGGGCCAGGUUUGCCCGGACGCUGAAUCGUCGCGAGAGCGUUGGAGGGAACAUUUUUCUCGCCUGGAAGCCGGCCGGCCCACCACUUUUGCGGACAUUGCCCGGGAUGCUGCCACUCCGCUCUUGGAUCGAGAUCACAGAAGUGCCCAGUGUCACAGACCUGCGGAGGGUUUUGGCAGCUACUAAGAUCAACAAGGCGGCCGGACUUGACUCCAUACCGCCAGAGCUCAAUAAGUUUUUCGCGCAGGAGUCCGCCCAAAUGUUGCAUCCGCUUCUUGUCAAAACCCUUUGGGCUGGAGUGGAACCAGCGGGGUUCAAAGGCGGGCGGGCCGUUAUUCUGUACAAAGGCAGAGGCUCUACUACAGCAUGUACAUCAUACCGAUCGAUCCUCUUGAUGAAUACGUGGGCUAAGGCCUUCCAUCAAAGUGUGCGGCCCAACAUUCGGCAACUCUUUGAGCAGUCGGCCCCCAGCUUACAAAUCGGAGGGAAGGUUGGUUGUAGCACUGCCUACGGCACGCAUGUCCUCCGGGCAGUCACUCGCAGAGCAGUGAGCUGUGGUGUGUCCAGUUACAUCCUCUUCGCCGACAUAUCGGCAGCCCUUUACAGUACUCUCUUGCAGUUUGUAGCGAGCGUCAGUCACAAUUCUGGCCCGCACAUGAUUGCGCGUGCACUUGACAGCCUUGCCCUUCCUGCAGAUGUUGCAGAAGACAUCGAGGCUAUGCUCAGCCUACGGACAGUACUCCGAUUUCCACCGCAUGUGGCACCCGGCCAGGUAGUUCGUGGGCGGACAUCUUGUUCGCGAUGCUUAUGCCCCGCAUCUUCCGACACCGCGAUAUGCUCCUUCAAUCUCCUUCAGCAGCUGGAUUCCCAGCCUCGCAGUCCAGAGCUUCCCUGGGACGGCUGUCGCACGCUUGCACCUUGCAGCGCAGAUUCAGGUACCAUCCGCGUACAAGAGGUUACCUGGGCGGAUGACAUUGCUACUCCGCACCAGUGCGCUGACGCAUCCGAAGUGGAAGCGUGCCUACGGGCUGAUGCCACCGCGCUCACGGAGGCUUAUGCCUUUGGAUUCCGGCUUUCUUUCGGUGCGGCAGCCGCAGCAGAGCGGCCAAGCGUCGGCUUUUCGGCACCUCUUGGGUCCAUGAUUGAGAAGCUGAAGUACCGGGCCGCCCAGGCCAAGAGUGCUUACGGAGAAGCGAGGCGUAAGAUCUACAAGCCUCGGGGCAUCCCUCUCCGUAAGAAGGCGGUCUUCUUGGCGACUACGGUGCUACCCAAGUUGAUGCAGAGUGCGGGCAGCUGGCCCCCCUUUAACAAGCGGGAGGAGAAGCUCUUUAACGGCACCGUCUGGACCUUGUACCGAAGUGUCCUGGGAGUUCCCAGUCAGGAGAACCAACGGAUCACAGCGGCCACGUGUUUUGCGAUUCUGCAGCUGCCUGACCCCCGCACACUGCUUCGGCUCUCCAGGCUGUCCUACUUAGGCCAAAUGUUUCGCAGUGGCCCCGCGGAGUUGCGGGCUGCUGUGCGAUCAGAUCCUCCGUACGCCACUAUGGUCCACGGGGACCUGGUCUGGCUUUUCUCGUGGUGUUGGAAGACUGUGGAUUUGCCUAGUCCGGACGUGGACUGGGAUGCUUGGUCGCGAUUCAUCACCACGCAGCCUGGUAGAUAA